UGUAGUUCCUGACAUGGACGCGGGCAAUGCUUUCAAGCGCCCACGUUGAUCCUGAAAACUACAACUACCAAAGGGCCACGGGCUCCUGGGCGGUUUCUCCUUUCCGUCGAGUUAAACGACAGGGAUUACUUCUGAGGGAUCACCUUGACUGGCCCAGCGCAGCUCUGCCCGAGUCACUUGCGUCCAGCGGUGAUGAGAUGGGGGCCAGCCAGUCCGUGUGCUUUCCCCCGGUCACAGGACCCCACCGCGUAGGCUGCGGGGACGUGAUGGAAGGCCAGGGUCUGCAGGGGAGCUUCUUUCGAAUCUUCUACCCCUGCCAAGAGGCAGAGGAGACCCCGGAGCAACCCCUGUGGAUCCCCCGCUACGAGUACUACACUGGCCUGGCUGAUUACCUGCGGUUCAAUAAGCGCUGGGGGGGCCUGCUGUUCAACCUGGCCGUGGGAUCUUAUCGGCUGCCUGUUAGCUGGAAUGGCCCCUUUAAGACAAAGGACUCUGGAUACCCAUUGAUCAUCUUCUCCCACGGCCUGGGAGGCUUCAGAUGGCAGCAACAGCUGGAGUUGGACCAGGCUGAAGCCAGGAGCCAGGAACUCCAGUCUAGUGUCCCACAUGGGUGGCAGGAGCCCAGAUACUUUAGCCAUCAUCUGCUGCUUCCCAGGACGUUGUAUUCCGCCUUCUGCAUGGAGCUGGCCUCCCAUGGCUUCGUGGUCGCUUUACCAGAGCACAGGGACCAGUCGGCUGCGACCACCUAUUUCUGUAAGCAGGCCCCCGAGGAGACCCAGCCCACCAACAAGUUGCUAGAGGAGGAAUGGAUCCCCUUCCGUCGAAUCGAGGAAGGAGAGAAGGAGUUCCAUGUUCGGAAUCCCCAGGUGCAUCAGCGGGCGAGGGAGUGUGUGCGGGUGCUGAGGAUCCUGCAAGAAGUUGCUGCUGGCCAGCCCAUCGACAACAUCUUGCCUGGAGGUUUGGAUCUGAAGACCUUGAGGGGCAGCAUCGACCCGAGCCGGGUGGCCGUGAUGGGACACUCGUUUGGAGGGGCCACGGCUGUCCUGGCGCUAGCCAAGGAGACUCAGUUUCGGUGUGCUGUGGCCCUGGACGCGUGGAUGUUCCCCCUGGAACGAGACCUUUACCCACAGGCCCGGGGCCCUGUGUUCUUUAUCAACACUGAGAAAUUCCAGACAGUGGAGAGUAUCAACUUGAUGAAGAAGAUAUGUGCCCAGCACGAACAGUCCAGGAUCAUAACUGUGCUUGGUUCUGUUCAUCACAGUCAAACUGACUUUGCUUUUGUGACUGGCAACUUGCUUGUUAAAUACUUAUCCAGCCACACCCGUGGGAGCCUGGACCCCUACGAAGGUCAGGAGACUAUGGUGCACGCCAUGUUGGCCUUCCUGCAGAAGCACCUGGACCUGAAGGAGGACUACGAUCAAUGGAACAGUCUCAUCGAAGGCAUUGGGCCGUGGCUCACUCCUGGUGCCCCCACCCACCUGUCUAGCCUGUAGGCACAGCUGGCCAUCUGUCACAGGUCACCUGAGCUGUGUCCACUUGGGGGCUGCCAAGGGGCACCAUCACCUCUGUCUGGAAGUGGUCAGCUCCACCCUUUUCCUCAGAUUGAGAGGAUGUAAUCACACUGCUGAUUGGAUAAUGGGGUGAUAAUGGGGGGCUUUGAUCUUGGACUUGAUCUUAAACUCACCCUGGGGCUUGGAUCACUGAAGCUUGGCCAAGUGACUUUCUGGGGCCUGCGCCCUGCAGGUGUGGGGAAGAAGCCUAGUGCCCUGAGGCUGAGUAGGAAGCCUGGGCCCUACCUGCUCCCUCUGCUCCCACCACAGUUGCUUCUCUAGUGGAAGUACCAACGCCAGAGGGCCCCCAUCCCCGCCUGGCUCUGUCUCUUUCUCGCUCUCAGCCUGCUGCCUCUUGGGCCGCUUGGUGAAAAGUGAGCACAUGAGCAAACUUGCUGGAGUGUGGACAUCCUCAGAUUUUCUGAUCAUUUGCAGGCCUUGCCCCUUGCGUGAGAUGUAGUACUGGGUACUUAGCAGUACUGGGCCACACCUGGGAGCCCACGGCGGGGCCAGCAGCCGUGGUCUCCCAGCACAGGGCUCCCUCAGAAGCUCCAGAAGUCUUUGAGGUCUUGCCAAAAAUGUGUCUUGACAGGAGAAACACAAGUAGGUUGAGGUGGGAGUGUUAGGAUCAGUGCUAAGCAGGCCCUUGCUGCAAGAGGGAAGGAGGCUGGUUAGUCUGACCCGGGAGGCCUUCCCUGGUGAGGUGUAGGAACACCUGUGUCUCGCCUCUUAACUCUGAGGUCGUGAGCUGCCAACCUGCUCAGGGCCAGCGUGCUUCGAUUGUUUGGUCUUUUGGUUCUGAGGCCUUUGCCCCAGCAUAAGUCAGAAUACAGUCCACACUUCCAUUCUGUCCCAUUUACAAUAUGAAUGACAUCAAUACCAAUGAAAGUUGGAAUGGUCUCUGUUUAAUCUGCAAUAAAGCAAGAUGGGAAAUGCC